GGCUUUGUAUUUUUCAGCACGCGGCAUGCUUGGAUGUCCCUACUCUGGCUGUGGCAUGGAGGGCCAAAGGCUCCUCUUCGUCACUGCCCUUGCCCUAGAGCUCCUGGGAAGGGCUGGGGGGUCCCAGCCAGCCCCCCGGAGCUGGGGAGCUGCAGCAGCCUGUCGCCUGGACAACAACGAAAGCGAGUCCUGGGGGACCCUGCUGAGCACAGAGAGGCUAGACACCUGGAUCUGCUCCCUCCUGGGCUCACUCAUGGUGGGACUCAGUGGGGUCUUCCCAUUGCUUGUUAUUCCCCUGGAGAUGGGGACCAUGCUUCGCUCAGAAGCUGGGGCCCGGCGCCUGAAGCAACUACUCAGUUUUGCCCUGGGGGGACUCUUAGGCAACGUGUUUCUGCACCUGCUGCCCGAGGCAUGGGCCUACACAUGCAGCUCCAGCCCUGGUGGUGAGGGCCAGAGCCUGCAGCAGCAACAGCAACUAGGACUAUGGGUCAUCGCUGGCUUCCUGACCUUCCUGGCAUUGGAGAAGAUGUUCCUGGACAGCAAGAAGGAGGGGGCCAACCAGGCCCCCAGCAAAGACCCCACUGCUGCCGCGCUCAAUGGAGGCCACUGUCUGGCCCAGCCGGCUGCAGAGCCCGGCCUGAGAGCCGUGGUCCGGAACCUCAAAGUCAGUGGCUAUCUCAACCUGCUGGCCAACACCAUAGACAACUUCACUCACGGGCUGGCCGUGGCUGCCAGCUUCCUUGUGAGCAAGAAGAUCGGGCUCCUGACCACCAUGGCCAUCCUCUUGCAUGAGAUCCCCCACGAGGUGGGCGACUUUGCCAUCUUGCUCCGGGCCGGCUUUGACCGAUGGAGCGCAGCCAAGCUGCAGCUCUCAACAGCACUGGGGGGCCUUCUGGGCGCCUGCUUUGCCAUCUGUACACAGUCCCCCAAGGGAGUAGAGGAAACGGUGGCCUGGAUCCUGCCCUUUACCUCUGGUGGCUUUCUCUAUAUCGCUUUGGUGAACGUGUUGCCUGAUCUCUUGGAGGAAGAUGACCCUUGGCGCUCCCUGCAGCAGGUGCUCCUGUUAUGCUCUGGCAUCACGGUGAUGGCGCUGCUCUCACUCUGCGUAGAGUAACCUCCGCUGGUGCCCUACCCCAUACAGCAAUAAGAGACUCGGAUUCACUCUGUGACCUUGUGUGUGAAGCAGAGAAGGCGAGUGCUUGAGAGAACCAGCCUCUGACCAGACAGGAGGGUGCGUGUGGUGUGCACAUGUGGUCAGAGGUGUGUGCGUGAGACCGACACUGUGAUCUCCGUGCGCAGGGCCCAGGGCCCAGCACUGCACCUGCCCCAGCCCUGCUGCAGCCUCCUCUCCCUGCCACCCUGUCGUCUUGCACCAGCUGGAGUGAACAGUGAGGAAUAGCAGAGGGCUUGCCCUGCCAGGACCCCAAAAGGAGAGCAGCCCAAGGAGCCCAGGCUGCCAGGAACCCCAAAGCUAUACUGCCUCUGCUGUGGCCUCCUGGGCCUCUGGCUUGAGGGGGCAACCCUGUGCUCGUGCACCCCAGCCCCAAGAAGCCUAGGGGCCUAAGCUGGGGUAGCUUCUCUCUGCUGCGUCCAUUUUCCUGGCCUUGCCUUUGCCACCUCGACAGCCAAAGAAAGGGGAGGCAGGUUCUCCUGUAGCCCCCAACCCCACUCAGCACUGACGGUCCUACCCCUCCAAGCACUGAGCAGGGAGCUGGAGGACUUUUCUUCAGGGCUGCCUGCCCAGACUAGCUCCUGUUCCCCUGGUGAACGCUCCCUGGCAGUGCUGGCAGCUCUUGCCACCUCCAGCUGCCAAACAGCAGCCUGCAGGGCAGCAAGCAGCCCCAACUGGCCAGAGGCCUCCCAGUCCAGCUCAGGGAUGCUCCUGCCAACACAGGCUCUGACAGACAUGCCUGGGGCGGGAGGAACGAGCCAGGCUGCCCUUCCCUGCUAGGCCCCUUCUCUUCUGCCCAUGGAGGUAAGGUGGGCGUGGCGAAGGCUCCACAUUGUCAGCGCUCAGGAAUGUGCUCUGGGAGAAUGCUGAAGCCAUAAUCCCCAGCUAUUUCCCUUGGCUGGCGCCCAGGUACUCAGCUGGCCCACUCCACAGCCAGGAUCCAAUCCUGCCGCUGGACUGUGGAUAUUUAGAGAAUUGGCCGUGGAAAGGGUCUCUCAUGGUCCUACAGCCAUCAUGCUGUGGUACCAUCUGUAUCUGUAAAUACCUGUUCUAUAGAUAUGAAUAAAUAUUCUCCACAGAA